UUACAUACUUUCGUUACAACUUACAACAACAACUUGCUCCGCACAUAUUUCGUUGCAACUAAUUAAUUAAAUGGCCAAUUUGGCCACCCACUCUUACUCUUCUUUCUCACGCAACUUCCUCUGUUCUCAAGAUUCUUCCCUACACUUCACCUUCUUCUAUAUAUCUCUCUCUCUGCUCUCAAACUAGGUUUUAAGUAUUGUAACAAUGGCGCUCGAAGCUCUUAAUUCACCAAGAUUGGUCGAUGAUUCCUCAAGAUUUAAUGGCGUUGAGCAGUGGACAAAAGGUAAGAAACGAUCCAAACGAUCAAGAACUGAUCAUCAUAACAACCGUCUCACUGAAGAAGAGUAUCUAGCUUUCUGUCUCAUGCUUCUUGCUCGGGACGGCGGUGAUCUUGACUCUGUGACGGCGAAGGAGAAGCCGGGUUAUAAGUGUGGCGUUUGUUACAAGACGUUUUCGUCUUACCAAGCUCUCGGUGGUCAUAAGGCGAGCCAGCAGGGCUUAUACGGCGGUGGAGAUAUUGAUAAGACACUAUCCACCGCCGUGAAAUCUCACGUUUGUUCGGUUUGCGGGAAAUCUUUCGCCACCGGUCAAGCUCUUGGCGGCCAUAAGCGGUGCCACUACGACAGUGGCGUUUCGAAUUCGGAAGGUGUGGGGUCUACUAGCCACGUCAGCAGCAGUAGCCACCGCAGAUUUGACCUUAAUAUUACGCCGGUGCAGGAAUUCUCGCUGGAGGACGAAGUGAUGAGUCCGAUGGCUAUGAAGAAGCCUCGCCUGAAGUAAGUCUUUGUUGAAGACUUAGUUUAUCAAAUGUAAAUAUCAAAUUUCUGUUUCAAGGAACAAUUUUGUUGAUUCUUUUACCAAUACAAAAAAAUCUUGUAUCAGAGGAAAACGUAUUUGAUUUACAGUUUUAGUUGACCAAACAAAAUAUUCAUAUUUUCUUGAUAACAUAUGAGUUUAGCUGCUA